GCUCCUCUCUUUCCUCUCCCGGCUUCCUGCGGCUCCAGCUUGGGCUCAGCGGUGGCGGGCAGUCGCAGUGGUACAGAAUGGCAGACCUCAGUCUUGUGGAUGCACUGACAGAGCCACCUCCAGAAACUGAGGGAGAGAUAAAGCGAGACUUCAUGGCCGCGUUGGAGGCAGAGCCCUAUGAAGACAUUGUGGGAGAAACUGUGGAGAAAAAUGAGUUUAUUCCUCUCUUGGAUGGUGAUGAGAAAACUGGGAACUCAGAGUCCAAAAAGAAACCAUGUUUAGACACUAGCCAGGUUGAAGGUAUCCCAUCUUCUAAACCAACACUUCUGGCCAAUGGUGAUCAUGGAAUAGAGGGGAAUAAGACUACAGGAUGUCCAACUGACAUCCUCAGAGAGAACGUGGACUAUCAGGAUUUUCAGAACAGCCAGGAUUGGCCAGAAGAUGCAAACUUUUGUUUCGAGCCCCAACAAGUGUUAGAUACUAAUCAGGCUGAUCCCUUUAACAUGCACCAUGAUGAUGGUCUGGUGGAUCUGCUCUUUGUUUCCAGUGGACCCACAAAUGCUUCUGCAUUUAUAGAGCAAAACAGUCCUUUAGAAGACAGUUAUGGUAUGGUUCCACGUGACUCAUUUGCUACCAUGGCUGUUGUAUCUCAGGAGGGGUCUGUAGGAGCCCCAAACUCUCCACACUCAGAUUCCUGCAUUCCCCCAGAGGUUACUAUAGAAACCCAACAGCCAGCAACAGAGCUAUCCAAGGCAGUAGAAUUGGAAUCAGUAAAAGAGCAGCUGCCAACUAAACCAUUGGAAAUGAUGGCACAACAGACCACUGAUGUGGUGCCAUCCAAAGAAACCGAGGAAUCUCCAUCCAUAGACAUAACACCAGGCCCAGGCACAGAAGAAACACUGGCUAAAGAUAUAGAAGAUAUCACCAAUCCAGAUGUAAUACUGGCAAAUGUCACACAGCCAUCAACUGAAUCAGAUAUGUUCCUGGCCCAGGACAUGGAAUUACUCAUAAAAACAGAGGCAGCCCAUGUUAAAAAUAUAUUGCCUACAGAACCAGAUGUAUCUUCAACCAAGGAUAUGGCACCACCUACAGAAGAAAUGGUCCCAAGCAAGGAUAUGACAUUCCUCAAAGAAACAGAGACAACACUUUCAAUAAAAAUGGACUUGGCACCACCUGAGGAUGUGAUGCUUCCCGAAGAAACACAGCUCUCCCCAGCCAAGGUCAUGGUUACACUCUCAGAGAGAGACGUGGCCCCAGCAAGUGACGAUGAGCCCUCUACAGAAGUGCCUGUGGCUCAAGAGGUGGUCUUGUCCUCAGAAACAGAGGUGGUACUGCCCUCAGACCCCAUAAUGGCAUUGACAAAGGAUGUGACAAUCCCAUUAGAAGCAGAGGGACCUCUGGUGACCGACAUGACUCCAUCUUCAGAAACAGAAAUGACCAUAAGCAAGGAGACAGCUCCACCCACAGAAACAAAAUUGGGCAUGGUCAAAGACAUGACUCCACUCUCCGAAUCAGAAGUGGCUCUGGUCACGGACAUGGUUACACUUCCAGAAACAAAGAUAACUGAGUUUAACAAAGAAGAGGUAACCUCAGUCAAGGACAUGUCUCCGCCUAUAGAUACAGAGGCUCCCCUGGCUAAGAAUGCUGAUCUCCACUCAGGAAAAGAGUUGACUCUCGAUAACAGCAUGGUUCCAGCCUCGGAUCUUGCACUACCCUUGGAAACAAAAGUAGCAACAGUUCAAAUUAAAGACAAAGAAACUAUACAGACCCAAGAAGAACUAAGUGAAGACUCCCAGUUAGAACCUGUGCAGCACAAGGGACAGUCGGCAGUACCUCCUUUUACAGUUUCACUAGAACCCGUCAAAUCUACAGACCAAAAGUCUACCUUGCCAAUAGAUGAAGUUUCUCCAUUAGAGAAAUUAGAGCAGAAGGAAGCAGCUGGCGGCCAGCCUUCUGAGCUGUGCUCAGGAGUAUCCCAGCUAGAAGGAAAGGCUGCUGUAGGUGUGACUGGAAAUGACAUCACUACCCCACCAAACAAAGAGCUACCACCAAGCCCAGAAAAGAAAGCAAAGCCUUUGGCUACCAUUCAACCUGCAAAGACUUCAACAUCGAAAGCCAAAACACAGCCCACUUCUCUCCCUAAACAACCAGCUCCCACCACCUCUGGUGGGUUGAAUAAAAAACCCAUGAGCCACGCUUCAGGCUCAGUGCCAGCUACCCCACACAAACGCCCUGCUGCUGCCACUGCUACUGCCAGGCCUUCCACCCUACUUGCAAAAGACGUGAAGCCAAAGCCAAUUACAGACACUAAGAUUACUACUGAAAAGCGGACCUCGCCAUCCAAACCUUCAUCUGCCCCACCCCUCAGACCUGGACCUAAAACCACCUCAACCAUUUCAAAAGCCACAUCUCCCUCAAUGCUUGCUUCCACUGGGCCAAGGAGUAGAAGUCCAGCUACAACUCUGCCUAAGAGGCCCACCACCACCAAGACUGAGGGAAAACCUGCUGAUGUCAAAAGGAUGACUGCUAAGUCUGCCACAGCUGACUUGAGUCACUCAAAGACCACCCCUGCCAGUUCUGUGAAGAGAAACACCACUCCCACUGGGGCAGCACCCCCCGCAGGGGUGACUUCCACUCGAGUCAAGCCCAUGUCUGCACCUUGCCGGUCUUCUGUGGCUCUUUCUAUGGACAAGAAGCCCACCUCCACUAAGCCUAGCCCCUCUGCUCCCAGGGUGAGCCGCCUGGCCACAACCGUUUCUGCCCCUGAUCUAAAGAGUGUUUGCGCCAAGGUUGGCUCUACAGAAAAUGUCAAGCACCAGCCUGGGGGAGGCCGGGCCAAAGUAGAGAGAAAAACAGAGGCAGCUACCACAGUUGGAAAGCCUGAACCUAAUGCAGUCACUAAAGCAGCCGGCUCCAUUGCGACUGCACAGAAACCGCCUGCUGGGAAAGUCCAGAUAGUCUCAAAAAAAGUGAGCUACAGCCAUAUUCAAUCCAAGUGUGGUUCCAAGGACAAUAUUAAGCAUGUCCCUGGAGGUGGCAAUGUUCAGAUUCAGAACAAGAAAGUGGAUAUAUCCAAGGUCUCGUCCAAAUGUGGGUCCAAAGCUAAUAUCAAGCACAAGCCAGGUGGAGGAGAUGUCAAGAUUGAAAGUCAGAAGUUGAACUUCAAGGAGAAGGCCCAAGCCAAAGUGGGAUCCUUUGAUAACAUGGGCCACUUGCCUGCAGGAGGUGCCGUGAAGACUGAGGGCGGUGGCAGUGAGGCCCCUCCGUGUCCAGGCCCCCCCGCUGGGGAGGAGCCUGUCAUCCUUGAGGCUGUGCCUGUUGCUGGCGCCCCUACUUCAGCCAGUGGCCUCAGUGGCCACACCACCCUGUCAGGGGGUGGUGACCAAAGGGAGCCCCAGACCUUAGCCAGAUACAGGAGAUAAACAUCUAACAAUGACAUUCUGGUCUUGUCUUCCAUCUCCCUGUGUUC